CGAAGAAGAGAGCGUAAGAGUUAGCAGUAGUGAGAGUAGAGAGAAAUGGAGGAAACGCAGUUCGACGUGAUAGUCAUCGGAGGAGGAGUGAUGGGAAGCUCCACCGCCUACAACGCGGGGAAACGAGGCCUCAAAACCCUGCUCCUCGAACAAUUCGACUUCCUCCACCACCGUGGCUCCUCCCACGGCGAGUCCCGCACCAUCCGCGUUACCUACCCUCAACACCACUACUACCCUCUCGUAAUGGACUCCUACACCCUCUGGCAAGAGGCCCAGGCCCAGGUGGGCUACCAGGUCUACUUCCCGGCCCACCACUUCGACAUGGCCCCAUCCCACCACCCCACAAUGCGCUCCCUCCUCGACUACUGCCGGGCCCACAACAUCCCCUUCCAACUCCUCCGCAGCCCUGAGGUGGGCCAAAAAUUCUCGGGCCGCAUCAACAUCCCCGACGACUGGGUGGGCCUCUCCAACCCCCACGGCGGCAUCAUCAAGCCCACCAAAGCCGUCGCCAUGUUCCAGACACUGGCUUUCAAAAACGGCGCCGUGUUGAAGGACAACACGAAGGUGAUAGACAUAAAAAAGUCCCCCGAGGGGGGCGUGGUUGUUUUGACCGCGCGUGGUGAAAAAUUCCGCGCUAAAAAGUGCGUGGUGACGGCGGGCGCGUGGGCGAGUAAGUUAGUUAAAACGGUUAGCGGGGUGGAACUCCCGAUAGAGGCAGUGGAGACGCACGUUUCGUACUGGAGGAUUAAGGAGGGGCAGCAAGGUAAAUUCGCGGUGGGGAGUGGGUUUCCGACGUUCGCGAGCUUCGGAGAUAUUUACAUUUACGGAACUCCGACGUUGGAGUUUCCGGAUUUGAUUAAGGUGGGGGUGCACGGGGGAAAGGCGUGUGACCCGGACAAGAGGCCGUGGGGCCCAGGGGUGAUGAUGGAGGCGUUGAAAACGUGGGUGGAAAAGAGUUUCAUGGGUUUGGUCCAUUCGAGUGAGCCUGUGAUGAAGCAGGCUUGCAUGUACUCCAUGACACCCGAUGAGGAUUUCGUCAUAGAUUUCUUGGGUGGGGAGUUUGGGAAGGAUGUGAUCAUUGGAGGAGGGUUUUCCGGUCACGGCUUCAAGAUGGCUCCAGUCAUUGGCAGGAUUUUGGUCGAUCUUGCGCUUCAUGGGGAUCCCAAUGGGGUCGAUAUCAGCCACUUCACCAUUGCAAGGUUUAGGACAUCUUCCAAGCUUUAAGCUUUUGGAUUUUUCUUACGUCCCCUUUGUCCUUCUCUAUGUUUUCUACUGUUCCCUCUCUUCUAUUUAAAUAAAUUAAUUAUCAAUUCCAACACCCCUGUCCACUCACCACUCACCAUCACCUGCCUAAACUAGAUCAAUCACCUGUCCACUCACCACCCACCCAACUAUCAUUCAUAUUCUUAAUUAACCAUACUCAUUAUUCAUCA